AUGCUGUUCAAAUUCCUUUUGUCAGAUGACACCAAAUCUAAUGGAUAUUGUUCAAAAGAAUUGCCAUGGCUUCCUGAUAUAGUUAAAGAUUUUGUUCUUCCUACUGGCUUCCCUGGAUCUGUUUCAAAUGAUUACUUGGAAUACAUGUUGUUACAGUUUCCAACCAAUGUCACUGGAUGGAUUUGUCACACAUUGGUCACUUCAAGUCUUCUAAAGGCAGUUGGUUUAGACAAUUCUUCUGGAACCACAACUGCAGCUUCUGCUUCUGCCAUUGGAUGGGUGUCAAAAGAUGGAAUUGGUGCCAUUGGACAUUUUUUCAUUGGUGGAAGAUUUGGAAAUCUUUUUGAUGAUGAUCCAAAACAAUGGCGCAUGUAUGCAGACUUCAUUGGAAGUGCUGGAAGCAUCUUUGAUCUCACUACACCUCUCUAUCCUGCAUAUUUCCUCCCACUAGCAUCUUUAGGGAAUCUUGCAAAGGUAUAUAUUCAUUUGAUUGAUAUUUUUAGUAAAGGAUCUUCUGAAAUGCAUCGCGAACAAUACGAGGAUAAUAAUGCCGAGACAAAAGUCGAGAUUGAGAAUUUGAAGAAGUUAGUUGAGACACAACGCGAACAAUAUGAAGAUAUUCAACAAAAAUAUGAGGAUGUUCAACAAAAAUAUGAGGAUGCUUAG